AUGUCAGAAGAGACGUUUACCUGUCUUUGUAACAAACUGCGGCCAUCAUUGGAGCAGGGGGACACAAACUUCAGAGCAUGUGUGCCAUUAAGGAAGAGAGUUGCUGUUGCGCUCUGGAAACUCGCCACCGGCUCAGAUAACAGGACCAUUGGGCAACUUUUCGGAGUAAGCAUCCCGACGGUGUGUCGGUGUGUUCAAGAGUUUGUUGCAGCGGCAGUCCUGCAUCUUAUUACGGACCAAAUUGCCAUGUUUCCUGAUCAGGACAAGCUGGCAGACAUCGCUGCCGACUUCAACGACCAGUGGGGUCUUCCAAACUGCGUGGGGGCCAUUGACGUGUUGCACAUACCCAUUGAGGCCCCAGUGGUGCACCACACGGACUACCGCAACCAAAAAGGAUGGCACUCCAUCCUCCUUCAAGCUGUUGUGGAUGGAAAAGGCCUGUUCUGGAAUGUCCUUGCUGGGAUGCCUGGCGGUAUGCGGGAUGCCAGGCUACUGAAAUUGUCUGCACUCUGGAAACUGACGACAGAACGGCAGCGUUUUUCUGUUCACACCAGAGACAUCGGCGGCGUGACCACAGGUUGUUAUCUCUUAGGAGACUCAGCCUACCCCCUGCAAAGUUGGCUGAUGAAACCAUUGCAAGACAACGGACGAUUAACGGCAGAGCAGCAGGCAUUCAAUCAAAGACUCAGAGGAGCGCGAGUGGUGGUCGAGAAUGCUUUCGGACGGUUGAAGGGAAGGUGGCGUUGUCUGCUGAAAAAGUCUGAAUGCGAUCUGAAACUUGUGCAGUCGAUGGUGCUGGUGUGCUGUGCUCUGCACAAUCUCUGCGAAAGGCAAGGAGAUGAGUACGAGUCGGGGUGGGAUGCUGAAGAAGACCCAGUAGUCGAGCAGGGGGAGGAAGAGGAAGAGGAAGAAGACAGUGGGGUCGAGCAGGGGGAGGAAGAGGAAGGAGGCAGUGAUGUCCAUAAGGGUUUGAUGCUGUAUCUGCUGAAUAGAUAA